AUGGAGCAAAUUCCCAGCCUGGCACUAAGGCUGAGAUGUAAAACCCAUGCAGUCCAAUUGCUGCAGUCCCCAAAGCCAACCUUGCAGAGUAGAGGUCUGCUCAAAACCGACAAGCGCUUGACCGGAGAUCCCAGCUUUCACCUCCUCACCGUUCCCUGGAUUUCUCGGGGGUUUGUUGAGCAUACUUUUAGUGUCCAGCAUGGCUCACCACCCCAUUUUUCCUCCUCAGCCUGCCGGUGCAGGAAUGCCCGUCCCUGCGCCGGGGAGGGCGGUGCUUUUCGUGGGCAGAGGCGGCCGGGGCCGUGCCCGCCGGGGCCGUGCCCGCCGGGGCCGUGCCCGCCGGGGCCGUGCCCGCCGCUCCAAGCCCGACCGCUCCAAGCCCGCCGCGGGGCUGCUGCGGGUCAGCCGCUCAGCCAGCUCCGCAGCCACACUCUUGGCUGCCAAACUCGGCCUGAUUCGGUUCCAAAGCCCAGCCUGCCUUCUACCACGGCAGUGAUCUCUGAGCCCACGCAGCAGGUGCCCGGUGUCCGGAACGCCUCCAAGGAAAGGAGCCGAGCCGCGGGGCAGCCGCGCUCCGCCUGCGCGCUGAGCUCCGCGCCCGGCGCGAACCUCAGGCAUGGGAAAACGGCAUCAGGGAAGCGAGAUGUAGCAGCAUGUGCACUGUGCCAGCCCUCCGUCCUGUGUGCCUCCUGCACGGAUAGUUCCAUGAUCUCGGGGAUUCUUGAGCUGACUUUACCGAGGGAGGACUGAUGAGCCCAGCCCGAAAAGAGAUUUCUGCUACCACUUAGAGGAGCUGCAUCCCAGCUCCCCUCCCCCAGCCCCUUCAACACCACCCACACAGCAAUCCAUCAGCAUCACCCUUGGAGCAUCUGGGGGCAACAUGUAAUUAGGAAUGAUGCUGUCUGCCAUUUAUAGACAGACUACUGCAAGGAAAGGCUGGUGAAAGUAAUACCCACCGACAGAUAUACCUUAGAGCGUGCAUCGAACAUUAAUGGGGAAAAAUAAUGGAAAGGUGGAGGAAAGAGGAGAGAGAAGGAUGAAAGCAGCCGUGCACUCCCCACAGCUUUAAACCAAAGCAGUCAUUAAAAUAUCCUCUCAGUGUGACCGUGACGUAGUUGUCUGAUAAAAGUUUAUUUGAAAAAAAUAAAUCAAUUCUGUAAAACAGGAACAUCCUCUCUUGCUGGGGAAUUAGAGCUGCAUUUGCUCUGUGAUCCCUUUACUCAGCUAUAAUCCAGCAGAAACCGUGCAGGCAUCCACACGCUGCAUUGCCUAUGCACAGGACAUCAUGGGGCCCAUGGUGUUUUUCUCUCAAAGUCUUUUACUGCAAGAGAUCUUAUUUGAUAUUUACCUGACAGCUGAUACUGAGUGUCUCAUCUCAGGCAUGCUUGCCCCUCAGUUUGGUAUUGUUUCUUUUUGAUUAUUUCCUAUUUUGAAUCUCCUUUUUUUUUUUUUUUUAAGUAUUUAAAAACUUGGUUGUGCUUGUCAUGACACUGUAAGCAUUUAAUAUGCAGGCUGUGUGUUUGCUCUGGAGCAUACAUCAGCCUAUUGUCACAGCAAAAAACAGCUGUUUGUGAGAUGCUGUAACAAUUCUGCCAACACUCAGUAACUAGCUUUGGAUAAAGCAAAGUCAAACAAAAGGAGUGUGAACUAUGACAAGCAAUGUGUGGAGCGGUA